ACGCAAGUCAUGUGUUUCCUGAAUUGAAAAGACAAAUCAGCGAGGUCGUUUUAAAGUUUGUAAUCUAAGAAUCGGAUUUUAGAUUUGGUAUUAGUACUAGUUCAUUCAGGUUUGGAGUAUUUAUUUGAUGUCAAAUUACUAGCCACUUGCAUAUUAAUACAUUAGAUAGCUUUUAACCUUAUAAGCUAUCUUAAAUUAUCUUGAGUUUCUUCAAAGAUGACCACAGAAGAGAAAUGCUCUUUUCGUGAAGUUGGAUCUAUGCAACCUAAUCAAGCUUCUCAUCAUGAACACAGUCAUGAACAUGGUCAUACACAUGAGCAUAUGGAAACACCAGGAAGUUACUUAAGUAGAGACAAAUACAAGGUCCGAAAAGAUUGGAAUCAGAGAGCUUUCACAGUAGGAAUAGGUGGACCAGUUGGAUCUGGAAAAACUGCAUUAGUUCUGGCUUUAUGUAAACAUCUUCGAGAAAGUCAAAACAUCUGUGUUGUGACCAAUGAUAUUUUUACCCGAGAAGAUUGGGAAUUUUUGGUUCGAAAUGAAGCCUUACCACAGGCAAAAAUGAGAGCUGUUGAAACUGGAGGUUGUCCACAUGCUGCCAUAAGAGAGGACUAUUCAUUGAACAUGGAAACUGUAAAAGAACUUACCAAAAGCCACAAUCCAGAGUUGAUUAUUCUUGAAUCUGGUGGGGAUAACCUUGCUGCAAACUUUAGUCGAGAGCUGGCAGAUUAUAUCAUCUAUGUUAUUGAUGUAGCAGGAGGAGACAAGAUUCCAAGAAAAGGAGGACCAGGAAUAACUGAAAGCGACUUGUUGGUAAUCAAUAAAACUGAUUUGGCAGAAGCAGUAGGUGCUGACUUAAAGGUUAUGGAACGUGAUGCAAAUGUAAUGAGACAGAAUGGACCAACCUUGUUUAUUCAAGCUCGUCACAAUGUUGGAAUAGAUGAUGUUGCUAAUUAUAUCAUGCAAGCAUAUAAGGAGGUAGUUUGUGUUUAAAUGUUCCUAAUUGUUGAGUAAUACCAACUUCUUGAAUUCUGGUACUAUAGAAAUUUUUAAAGGAAUUCAAUUAAUAAAAUUCACAAGUACAUUUUUGUUAAAGCUCACUAUUCACAAAUCCUUUUGUAUUUUUGAAUCAUGUUACUUUAUUAAACAUUAGUGUGAACAUUGAAUAUGAGUAGUUGCAAUGACACCAGCUACUCUGUCAUUCUAUAUGAAUUAAAAUAUUACGUCUUGUAGUUUCAGAUUCAACUGCAUGUAGAUUAUUCAGUCUCGUAGAGUUUACCUAUCAUAAAUAUAUUUGUUAAAAACUUUCUGAUAUUUUACCUGAAAAUGAAUCAAGUUGUAGGUUUAGAUUUAGAAUUAGUGGAGUUUUAAAUAAGUUUUUUUUAGAUUUGUUUAUUUUGAACUAAAACAACAUGUACAAUAUAAAGUUUUAUCAUGGUAUUUUGUUAGAAUAUACAUGUAAUCAAGACAAAUAUAUAGUUACUACUGAAAGUAUUAGUAUUAUAUUUUGACACUAGGGUUAUUGAAGCCAAAGAUAAUGGUGCAACAAAUUUAUGUAUGUAUGUUUGAAUCAUUUUGAUAGAUAUAAAACAGGUCUUCCUGUGCUCUAUAUGAACCAUGUAGGUGGUUUUAUAACUUCUUUUGCAAAUACAUGAGAACAUUUAGAGAUACAAUGUCAGUAAAACCUUUGGUUAAGUAAUUAAACCUAAAAAAUACUUACCUAAAUAAAUAUCAUUAAUAGCAAGUGUAAGUAGAUUUAUACUUUCCUUUUAUGGAGAAGCUGAUAGCAUUUUAUGGUUAAACCUAACUCUAGUUACAAAAGUAUGUGUACAAACUACCUCUGUCUACUUGCACUAAUUAUGGAUCUGCAAAUGUUACAAUGUUAGGCCUUGACUUAUCCAAACAUAUAGGAAACUAACAGUUCUUUAUUUCUCUCUCUACUGGUGUGUAAUUUGUAAGCAUUUAAAUCAUAUUACUUACAUUUAUCAUUCAAUUGGUAAUGUGAUGCUGUACAACUACAAUUUACCUGUGUGAAGCUGUUUGAUUGCUGCAUGAAGCAUGACAUUAUGUUCAUUCUUUCGUUUGAUUUUUAGUACUUUGAACAAAAUCCUGUAACAUUCUUUUCUUGCUUGUGAUGUUUAGUUUUUUUUCUUUGCACUUUAUGUUGAGCAACUAAAAAGAAAUCCAGAUGCUACUGAUAUCCCAUUUAUAUCUUCUGCUAAUAUUGCAGUUCCUUUUGAAUAUACUAUAACUCUGGUAACUUCAUCAUCAGUGUUUGUUUUUUUUAAUUUAACUCCUUCUCUUCUUUAAAGAUUGGUUUAUUGUUUCAAUUUUUUUAGUUUUUUAAUUUCUCUCUUCCAGGUUUUUGCUAUUAUUUUUAUUUUUUGUUACAACAUGUUUUCUUCAGUAAUGUAGUCUUGGCAAGCAAUAUUAUUAUUUUUAUAUUAAUAACAUAUACUUUGUGGUUUCAUGCAAAUGUUUGUGGGGCUCUAGUCCCAGUAAUCUUCAUUAAUAAAUCAUUAAAUGUUAUUCU